AUGAGCACAGUGUCUGAUUCUUUGGUUGGCAGCAGCAGGUCUCUGUCUGCAGCCAAGAGACACAAGAGUAUCAGAAAGAACUCCAGAAGGAUUUAUUCAGCGUACCAGGACCACCAGCAGGGCUCCUCAGAUGAUGAAGAUAAAGAGGAUGAGCGGGUGGACAGCAAUGACCCAGAGGAAAUGUUCCAGAACAUUCAGUACCAGAAAGAAAUCAUCGCCAAUAUCCGGACCAGACCCUGGCCAAUGAGACGCAAGCUCAAAGUUCUAAAGCAGGCCAGAGAGAUUGUUCUGAAGUAUGAGGGCCGACUGACCAGAACCAGAGGCUACCAGACUGCAGGAGCUGAUCUGCUGAAGAAACUUUCCCGUGUACUGUACAACAUUGUUGUUCUGUUCAUUCCCUGGGAAGUGAGGAUCAAGAAAAUUGAAAGUCACUUUGGGUCAGGCGUGGCUUCCUACUUUAUCUUCCUGCGCUGGUUGUUUGGGAUUAACAUAGUCCUCACCAUCAUGACCGGAGCCUUCAUUGUUCUACCAGAGCUGCUGGCUGGAGCAUCAUUUGGAACCACAAGGAGUAAAACUAUCCCCAAGGAGCAUCUGGCUUCAGCCCAGGACUUGGACACCAUCUGGUCUCUUGGGGGCUACCUGCAGUACUCUGUGUUAUUCUAUGGUUACUAUGGCAGGGUGAGAAAAAUUGGCAGUGCUGGGUACCGGUUGCCCCUUGCCUACUUCCUGGUUGGGAUGGCUGUCUUUGCCUACAGUUUCAUCAUUCUGUUAAGAAGAAUGGCCAAGAACUCUCGUCUGAGUUUGGCCAGUGCCUCUGAUGAGAACUUCACGUUUUGCUGGAGGGUUUUCUGUGCCUGGGACUACUUGAUAGGAAACCCAGAAGCUGCAGAGAGCAAGGGAGCUGCCAUUGUCAACAACAUCAGGGAGGCCAUUGUCGAGGAGCAAGAAAAGAAGAAGGACACAAGUUUGGCAGUUCUAAUUAGUCUGCGCAUCUUAGCCAACAUCCUGGUGCUGCUGUCUCUGGCUGGCAGCAUCUACAUCAUCUACUUUGUGGUGGACCGUUCUCAGAAGCUGGAGCAGGAGAAGCCUGAGCUGACGCUGUGGGAGAAGAAUGAGGUGAGUGUGGUCGUUUCUCUCAUCACCAUGAUUGCUCCGUCUGCCUUUGAACUUGUGGCUCAGCUGGAAAUGUACCACCCACGAACCUCGCUGCGAUUCCAGCUAGCCAGAGUGCUGGUUUUAUACCUGGGAAAUCUCUACAGCCUAAUUAUUGCCCUACUUGAUAAAGUCAACAGUAUGAGCUCUGCUGUUCCAGUGAGCCCAGGCAACUGGUCUGACUCCAGUUCGUUCUUGGCCACCAUCUCUCAGCCCGAGAUAGAAAGCCUCUCUACCCUGGUGUCUGAGAUCUCUUUGUCUGAACAUCGCAACAGCACCUUAGCGACCAUCGCCACAGUGUUGGAAGUCACCAACAGCAGCCGGAGCGUCUCUGGGACUGUCCCCAACCAGACAGCUCUGUUUGAGAGGAACACCCGCUCCCAGCAGGACCCAUGCUGGGAGACCUACGUUGGACAGGAGAUGCUGAAGCUGUCCAUCAUUGACAUGAUCUUCACUGUGGCCAGUAUUCUGCUCAUUGACUUCAUCAGAGGUUUGGUGGUCCGCUACCUGAGUGACUGCUGCUGCUGGGAUUUAGAGAGCAAGUUUCCUGAAUAUGGAGAAUUCAAAAUAGCUGAGAAUGUCUUGCAUCUGAUUUACAACCAAGGAAUGAUCUGGAUGGGAGCGUUUUUCUCUCCCUGUCUUCCUGCCUUCAAUGUGUUGAAGCUUAUUGGUCUGAUGUAUCUGAGGAGCUGGGCCGUCCUCACCUGUAAUGUUCCACAUCAGCAGGUGUUCCGAGCCUCUAGAUCUAACAACUUCUACCUGGCUAUGCUACUCUUCAUGCUGUUUCUGUGCAUGCUUCCCACUAUCUUUGCCAUAGUCAGAUACAGACCUUCGCAGCAUUGUGGACCAUUCAGUGGUCAAGAGAAGAUUUAUGACAUCAUCUCUGAAACAGUGGCCAGUGACUUUCCCCUGUGGUUCAGUAACGUGAUGAAUUACGUCACCAGCCCUGUUGUAGUGCUGCCAGCACUGCUGCUGCUGUUCAUGCUGAUAUAUUAUCUCCAAGCCAUAGCCAGAUCCCUCAAAUUCACCAACAACCAGCUGAGGAUGCAGCUCCAGACUGAGCGAACUGACGACAAGAAGAAAGUCUUUCAGAUGGCUGCAGCAAGACUUCAGGCUCCAGAGGCUGCUGCUGACCAAAACCUUGAACAGCAGGAGAGUGACAUCACAAGCCAAGAGGCCUCCAUCCACACGCCAUCCCCCCGGAGGAAUGGCAGUGUCACAAACUUUCAGUCGCCUGUUCGUCACGGAAACAGCAUCCGCACCAUCACCCAAUCGGCGUCUCGGGCGGACCUGAGCAGAGGAAGUGGGGCUGGAUCUGGCAGAAGUCCAGCAGUAACCAUACUGCCCAAACACAGGCUGGAGCAUAUCCCUAACAGGCCCCCACCAUUUCUUAGUGGCCCUAGUGGAUCCUGUAGGUCUAAGUCCUACCAUCACAUGGCGUACAAUCCCCCAGCUCGGUAUUCUGACAACAUCCACUCUGACCCCCUGUACAGGAAGACCGUACGCUCAAUACAUUCUGUUGAGGCUUCUGGGUUCAUCGCUGCACAGAGUUAUGGAGGACGCCGUGGCCAUACUCGCUACGUGAUUGUCAAUGAGCAUGAGCCCAGGAAGAAGCUGCUGCGCUCAGCCACUCGGAUCCCUCGCCAUUACCUCAUGGAGGAGCCUGCAGAGAUCCUGGAGCUGUACCCACGCAACAUCAAACGCUACAUGCCCCGCACCACUCACAACCAGCUACAUCCUCACCGGGCCCACCCAUCACAGCAGCAUCUGAGUGAGGAGGAAGAGGAGGAGGAGGAAGAAGGAAAAAGCAGGAGAAGGAUGUCACAGGCUCAUCGGCCUCAUUCCCUCUCUGACCUCCACCAGCCAGCGCACUUCUACGUCGGUGACCGUGUGGAAAGCCACGUAUCCAUGGCUAAAGACAGCUACGCAGCUCGAGGAAGAUAUGGAGCACAAGAAGAGGAUGAUGAGGAGGAUGGCCGAGAAGAAAGAGCCUGGAGGGAUAUAGAGUCACAUUCACGGCCCCAGGCCAAUGUGAAAGGAGCAGACCAUCUUCUUGUGCGAACCAGGCGUCACAUCCAUUCCCCGGGAAGACACUGUCCGUCCCCAGCCAGGACCAGGCUCACAGAAUCUCACAUGAAGCCCAAGACGAGGCCGAAGCUGGAGACCCCUGUGACAGAGUCAGACUCAGCCUCCCUGGCCUCCAGCAGUGACCAGCAGAACAGCAGCACUGACCAGUACAUACAAGUCAUCCACAACAAGGAGCGCUAUCUCAAAUCAGAUGCCAGGCAGGGAAAGAUGGCCAAAAAGAAGUCCAAGACUAGCUUUGAUCUAAAUGUCACUGAGUCAAAUGACCUGGUCUGCUCCAAUGUAUGA